UCGAGCAGGGGUCGGCUCGAAACACCGCGAGCACUUUUUUUGCAAGCAAAAAAAGAUGGAGGGCAUCAUUCAAAUGAUCACCGGAGCCGCGGACCCGCGCUCGCUCGACGGCCAGCUGCGGUCGCGCGAAGAAGCGCUCCGCCAAGUGACUCGCGACGAGGCGGCCGUGGUCCUGGCCUGCGAGCGCCUCGACCACGCGCGGCACGCGCUGGGGCUCCUCCACGUCCUCGCCGCCCGGCUCGCCGCCCUCGAGGCCGACCGUACCGACGCCGCCGUCGCGCGCGAGGCGCGGCGGUGCGCGCGCUUUGCGCGCGCCGCGGACGGCGCGCAGCUCCGCCUCAAUCCCAAGCUCGCGGCGGCGUUCUGCCACCGGCUCGCGGCGCUGGCCUGCGGCGAGGGCGGCGCCGUCGCGCGCGUCGCGGCGGCCGCGCUCGCCGCGGUGGCACCCGCGCUCGCGCCGGCGCCCGGGUGCCUCACGCCGGCGCACGCGGACUGCCUCCAGUGCUGCCUCGCGGGCCGCGACUACGCGCGCGGCCGGCGCUUCCUCGGCGCGGCGCCCGUCGCGCGCGUCGCCGCGCCGCCGCCCGCCGCCGCCCCGCGCGCCGCGGGCGCCGCCCCGCCGCCCGGCGGCGACGGGGUCGACGCGGCGCCGCCGGCGCCGCCGCCGCGCGCCGCCGCCGCGCGCGCCGCGCCGGUCGCGGGCCUCCGCCCCGAGGACGUGCUGCGCUACCUCUACUACGCGGGCGUCGUCGAGGCCGGGUCGGCGCGCUGGGCCGCGGCGGCAAACGCCUUCCGGCUCUGCGCGACCGCGCCGGCGGCGAGCCUCAGCGCGAUCGCCGUCGCGGCGCUCCGCAAGCUCGUGCUCUGCCGCCUGCUCGCCGGCGCGGGCGACCCGGCGGACGCCGGGCGCCUCCCGCGCUACGCGCCGACGUGCGUGAGCCGCGCCGCGCGCGCCGUGGCCGGCGCGUACCUCGACCUCGCCGCCGCGUUCGCCACCGACGACGACGGCGCCGCGCUCGCCGCCGCGCUCGCGACGCACGCGGACGCGCUGGCGCGCGACGGCAACGCCGACCUCGCGGCGCGCCUCGUCGGCGCGCGCCGCCGCCGCGCCGCAGAAAGCAGCGUGGAAACCAACCAGUGAGUUUGGUUAUCUAUUGCCGAGACCUCCGCGACCCUCCACGCCGUCGAUCAGACACCGUGACGGGAACGACGUCGUGUCGAUGCCGCGGAACCUCCACGCCAUCGAGUAGACGCAGUCACGAAGACGACGUCGCGUCGAUGGCGUGGGGCGCCCGAACUUUGAUUUCGACACAGGCCGAAAGGCUCCCUCGCGUAUACGUCGCGCUGCCGCUCGGCGCCGCCGCGACGAAGCUCGGCCUCGCCGACGGCCAGGAGGCCGAGGCGGCCCUCGUCGACGCCGUCGCGACCGGCGCGCUCGGCGUGCUCCGCAUCGACGACGCGCGGCGCGUCGCGCGCUUCGACGGCGCCGCGCCGGCGUUCGCGUCCGAGCAGCAGGUCGCCGCCGAGCUCCACGCGGCCGUCGCGGCCGUCCUGGACGUGGGCGCCACCGCCGCCGCAAUGGCCGAGCGCGUCGCGCUCAACCCGAACUUCAUCCUCAAGUCCGACCUCGUGACGGCCGAAGCCCACGUGGACCGCGACGACGGCCACGCCGACGUGGACCGCGACGUGACGGCCAUGAUGGACUUCGUCUA